AUGGCUGUCAAAACAGGUGCUAAUGCUCCCUUCAGACCUCCUCGGUUAGUGGGGUCAAGUUCAGCUUCAGGACCGGCUUCAGGGUCAGGACCGGCUUCAGGGUCAGGGCCGGCUUCAGGGUCAGGGCCGGCUUCAGGGUCAAGGCCGGCUUCAAGCUCAGGUGCUGCUAAAAGACUAACACUGUCAGUGUCACCACAGCCCAAGAAACUAAAAGUCUCCAAUGCGAGUGGCAUCUCCUCAUCAAACACCCAACGGUACGACGUUCAAUGGCGUCGAAGAACCAACAAGAAGAAUAAGACUUGGGAUGGUGAUGGUUCACUCAGUCACAAUCCCACCAAUCAAACGUUGGUAUUAAAGGAUGAAGAUGGCAAGGUACUUUGUAAAAUGACAGGUAAUAAAACACAAGGGAUCACGUUAGUAUCUGGGAGAGUCAUUAGCAUUGGUCUAUUUGAAGUGGAACUUGAACUGGAUAACUCAUCAUCAACUAUCCCCUUAAUAUCUCGUAGUCGAUUCAGUUCCAGAUCAAACCAAUACAAUACAAGUGUCAAUACAAGUGCCAGUGCCAGUGCCAAUGCCAGUGCCAGUGCCAGUGCCAGUGCCAGUGCCUAUACCACUACCAAUAAGCGCAGAUCUCCCUUGUAUCUGUCAGAACAAGCAAUAAUACUCCCCUCGCCACCCGAAGAAACGUCCUUUGUGGAUGUGGCCAUAGAUCCUUUAUUAGCCAAGGUUCUUCGACCUCAUCAGAUUGAUGGGGUCAAAUUCUUAUACGAAUGCAUUAUGGGAUAUAGAAUCAACGGUUAUUAUGGAGCCUUAUUGGCAGACGAGAUGGGGCUAGGCAAGACUUUAAUGUCCAUUAGUUUGAUUUGGACUUUGAUAAAGCAGUCUCCCUGGAAUAAUGGUGAUAAUGACUUCCAUCCUAUUGUACUGAAUAAAGUGUUGAUUGUAUGUCCGGUUACGUUGAUAGGGAAUUGGAAGAAGGAGUUUAACAAAUGGUUGGGACUGAAUAGAAUUGGGGUGUUGACUUUAACGGAUUCUGCUGCCAAAGAUAAGAAGGAUAUAAUCUCCUUUGGCAAAUAUAAAGUGAAUCAAGUACUAGUAGUAAAUUAUGAGAAGCUUUUAACAUAUGCUGUUGAAUUAAGAGAGGCAUGCAUUUUUGAUUUGAUGAUUUGUGAUGAAGGACAUCGACUAAAGAAUAAUUCAAACAAAUCUUUAAGCAUUUUAAACAGUUUAAAUGUAAAAAGGAAAGUGAUGUUAACUGGUACACCAAUUCAAAAUGAUUUAACUGAAUUUUACACUAUUAUUAAUGUUUUAAAUCCCAAUUAUUUGGGUUCAAUCCAUGAGUUCCAGAAAAGGUAUAUUAAACCUAUUAAUAAUUCCCGAGAUGUUAAUUGUGUUGAUCCUCAAAUAAAGAAAUUGGGUCAACAAAUGUCUGGUCAAUUGAUUGAGAAAACAUCACCAGUUAUUUUAAGAAGAACCAAUGAAAUUUUAUCCAACUAUUUACCAGCAAAAACGGAUAUCAUAUUAUUUGUUCACCCCACAGGGUUACAACGAAAGUUAUUCCAGUUCCUUUUGGACUCGGCCAAUUUUAAUAAGUUAAUUGAAAAUGGUAUAAUGAAUAACCAAUCUUUGGCCUUGAUCACUUUAUUUAAAAAGAACUGCAAUUCACCUUCGCUUUUGGCUAAAGAUAAAUUAUUCAAUACCAACUUCAAUGAUUCAAAUCAAAUUAAUGUUGAUGCCUUGGAAUCAAAACAAUCAAGUGGUAAAAUAAAUGUUUUGGUUCCAUUAUUAUUGGAAAUCAAUAAAUUACAAGAAAAGGUGGUUUUAAUAUCAAAUUAUACCCAAACUUUAGAUUUAUUGGAAAGUGUUAUUCGAAAAUUAAAUAUGACCUCCAUCAGACUUGACGGUUCAACUCCCUCUAAUAAAAGAGAUUCCAUCAUUAAUAAAUUUAAUAGCCAAGGUUCAGAUAUUAAUGUGUUUCUUUUAUCUUCCAAACUGGGUGGAGUAGGAUUAAAUUUGACUGGUGCCUCAAGGUUGAUUUUAUUUGAUAAUGAUUGGAAUCCUUCAGUUGAUUUACAAGCAAUGGCAAGAAUCCAUAGAGAUGGUCAAAUAAACCCAGUGUAUAUUUAUCGUUUACUUACCAUUGGAUGUAUGGAUGAGAAGAUAUUCCAACGACAAUUGAUGAAAAAUAAUCUAAGUGAUUUCUUUCUUUCUAAUGAUAAGGAAGAUGCCAAAAUUAAAGGUAGGAAUUCAAACGUUUUUGAAGUUGAAGAGUUGAAGAAACUAUUUUACAUUUCAGAACAUACAAGUUCGAAUUCUCAUGAUUUACUUGGUUGUCUGUGUGAAGGAAGAGGUGAAUUACAACGUAUUGAAGAAGAGCAUGAAAACUUCAAACUGGAUGAGGAAGAAGCCAUUCAGAGGAAAUCGUCAUGGAUGACUGCGAGAAGUUUGAGUCAACGAAUCGAACAAGAGGGUGAUUAUCAACCUAUGAGAGAAAGAAAACAAAUUAGAAACAGUUUGAGUAAAUAUAAGCAUUAUGAUCCAAGCAAAAUAGGAAAUUUUGAUGAUGACUCGGUGAUUGAAAAGAUUCUUUCAAGUACUAGCAAACAAAUCGGCUUUAUUAUGAGCCACUUUACACCACCAGCUCAAGAAUCAAGUGAAGAGGAGAGUCAAUUAUAUGAUAUCAAUGAAGAGAACCAAUUAGGUGAGGGUAUCAAUGAAGAAGAGAACCAAUUAGGUGAGGGUAUCAAUGAAGAAGAGAGCCAAUUGAAGGAUAUCAAUGAAGGAGUUCAAUUGAACGAUGCUAAUGGUGUAUUAUUUGUUCAAGAAAGUUGA